CCUCCUGCUCUGAGCUUGGAUAUCGAACUGUGCUAAUCACGCGAAGAAUGCCGUGUUUCCGGUCACAAAAUGCACAAGGGUUCAUUUCAUCCCUUGUAAUUGCCUUGAUUAUUCGCCAAGCUUGUCUCUUCGAGCUUUUCCUAGGUUUAGGGGUCGAUAAAGUAUUGGCUCAAGAGACCAGUGUGACUUGUCCCUACGACUUUCAGUGGGCUUUCAAUUCCCAAGGAGGAUCCCCUUGCAAAGUCGGCUCGGAACUUAUUGCAGUGGGUACUGGAGGAAAAUGGCUCGUGGGUCCGCUCCUUCCGGGAUGGGAAUACAUCGGGCCAUCGCCGAACAGUUCAGGGGGUUACUUCCCGAAUGCUUGCACGUGUUCCUCCGUGGUAUACCAGCUGAUGGCGGCAUGUGGAUCAUGCCAGAACCGCUCAUACACGUCGUAUCCCCUCUGGGGACGUUAUUCCACUGGCAUUGCGAUUGCAGAGGGUGAAUACCGACCAUCGCUGAUCCCCGCCGGAACCCUUAUCCCUCAAUGGGCCUACAUUAAGCCCUCCGACUUUGAUGGAUCCUUCAACUUGGAUGCAGCGAAGACAAUUGGUGAUGCACCCGAAAGCUCUCGCGUGUUUUCACUCAGUAGCACCACAUCCAGCACAAGCAACACAUUGACGACCAUUACCAUUACCUCAACUUCCACAGCUUCCAAUAGUGCACAUGGGAGCAGGGGCUCGAACACCGGUGCGAUUGUAGGAGGCGUAGUUGGAGGCGUAGUUGCCCUUGCUGCCCUGAUCGCAGUUGUUGCGAUAUGGAUCUUCAAAAGGAUGAGUUCAGACGGAGGCCCUGCUGUCCACUCGCAGGGACGUUCCAAAAACCACGAACACGCUCCUCUGUCGCCUGGAUCCCUGGCCACCCACGAUAUUCAGCUCAAGGACAUGAUGCUUGACAUGCGGCUUCGUCACCUUCCUCGUGGCCCCGCUGCGGGCUUGUGGAGGCGAGCCACUCUGAGUUGUAGCUCGGCAGCAACGGCCGAAUUCGUAAUCAUCUCUCACCACUUGUGCAUAUCUCCAGUAUUCAUGGUGAUCCAGUAA